UCGAUUCGCGUCUGACAAGAAUGGAGAGGGUGAAAACGUAUUGGCUCUUAUCGAAUUUGCAUUUUAUGAUAAAGCGGAUAAUCAAAUGUCCAAAUUUUUCUUACGUAGUCGCAUCUAAAGCGAUCGACACUGAUUGUGAAAUAAUCACUCGAGCAAUACACGAAGGAAGAUCUCGCGCGGCUGGGCUCCCCGAGCCUCGGUCCGGGUCUGCACUUCCUGUUCCUCGAGGUCUCCGGUGCAAACAUUUAACUCGUGACAGUCGUGCUUCGUCCAUCGAAGACCUCGCUCGACGGUGUUGUAGCAACAUUGCUGCGUGUGUUUUUUUUCAAGUUUCGCUACUUUAGUUUUUAUCAAAAGCUCUCUUGUGAUUCGAGUUCCGAAAAACCAACUUUCAGGAUGGAGAAACAGACCGGAAAAACUUAUCUCAAGGAUAUGAUGACAUGGCAAGAAGAAUCGGUCGACGAAAAAACGCUGAUGGAACGGAGCGAAAUUAUUCGAUUUUACGAUCAUUGCAAUGUCCUCGUUACCGGUGGUUCCGGUUUCAUGGGCACAUUGCUCGUCGAAAAAUUGUUGAGAUCAUGUCCGAAUAUCAAAAAGUUAUUUCUGCUCAUGAGAGCCAAAAAAGGAAAAACUUCGGAGGAACGGUACAAGGAACAUUUCGAGGGUCCUGUUUUCUGCAGGCUGAAACGCGAGAGGCCGAAUUUCUUGAAGAAAGUAGUGAUGGUUGAGGGCCAAAUUGAUAAAGAGGGGCUCGGUUUGACGCCAGAGAAUCGUGAAUUGCUGUUGACUUCGAACAUUGUAUUUCAUGGGGCUGCUACCGUCCGAUUCGACGAGACUAUCCGUUUCGCUAUGAACGUAAACGUUCGUGGUACUCGAGAGAUGCUCAUUCUCGCCAGGAAUAUGCCGAAUCUUAAGGCCUUCGUGCAUGUAGGCACAGCGUUUUCACACUGUGUGACAAAAGUGAUCGACGAGAUAUUUUACGACGUGCCACUCGAUGCUGACAAGCUACUGAAUUUGAUCGACAUCCUCGACGACGAUCAGUUGAAGCUGCUAACUCCAUCGAUAGUGGGUGAUUGGCCGAAUACUUACGCCUUCACGAAGGCAAUAGGCGAGGACGUUGUGCGAAAAUAUAGCACAGGAAUCCCUACGUGUAUCGUGCGUCCUUCCAUAAUGAUCGCCACCGCGAAGGAACCGAUACCAGCCUGGAUAAAUAACCUUUACGGUCCUCAGGGCGUUGUCAUUGGUGCUGGUAUGGGUUUGCUAAGGACUCUCCACUGCGAGAGCACCAACAUAGCUGACAUGAUACCUGCGGAUUACGUCAUCAAUAAUACCAUAGCAGCGGCUUGGGGCAUCGAAUCGACGAGAAAUCUGAAUGCGGAGAAAUCGAUGGACGAAAAGCCGGAUUCGAAAAGCACGACGGAUCCGGUAAUUUACAACAGCGUAUCGUCGUGCCAAAAUCCGGUGACGUGGGGAGAAUUCAUGAAGUGGAAUGAGAUAUUUGGUGUGCUUAUCCCAAGCGCGAUGGUCCUGUGGUACUAUUCGUUCACUUUGAACAAACAUUUGUGGAUGCACAAUGUCCACAUUGUACUUUUUCAUUUAGUUCCGGCUGGGAUUCUCGAUACUUUGGCAGUAUUGGUUGGCCGGAAACCAAUGCUUUGGAACGCGUACAAAAAAAUUCACAAAUUCAGCGGCGUCAUAUCGUAUUUCUCGACGCAACAGUGGACUUUCCGUAACGAAAUGGUAAUGAGGCUUUGGGACCGACUGAAUCCUGCGGAUAGAAAACUCUUCUAUUUCAAUUUGGUGGAUCUCGAAUGGGAAGAAUAUUUUUUCUUUUACGUACGAGGGCUCCGAUUAUUCUUGAUGAAAGAUCCUUUGGAAACGAUCGAACGGGGAAAAGCAAGGUACUGGAAACUGAAAAUAGCGCAUAAUUCACUAGUGGCAAUCGCAUGGAUGUUCGUGCUGUGGGUCGCUUACUCUUUUCUACGAUUCAUCUUCUUUGCUCCGUGGUGAUGUCAGAACAGCUUUAGCGAGGUUCUUCAUUCCAAGAAUAUUACAAAACUAUCACACUCACUUUUUCCAAUCACAUAUAAUAUAAUGUAAUAAAUUAUUCUUGUAUAAGUGUC